CCAUGUCUCCUCUUCAGGGAGAGAACUCCAGUCACCCAAAGGAGGCAGAGCCCUUGAACCCAGAGCUUACUCUCUCUUUGGAGGGGACCUUGAACCUAGAGGACAUUCUCUACCUGGGAGACACAGGUGACUUUGAGGAAACACUAUUUGUGGAAGAGCCCGAGAAGCCAGAGAAGAUGCUGUAUAUUGAGGAGACUCUGCAGCCAGAUGAGGCGCUGUCGGAAGAGGAGCCCUGGAAGCCAGAAGGGACACUCUCUGUGGCUGAGACUGGGCAGUGUGUGGAAGAGCUGGUGGCACCAGCACCAGCCACACCCCCAGAGCAGGUGGAAGACAUGGGAGAGGUGAUCCCAAGGGAAGAGAACUCCCACCCAGAGGAGAGCCUCGGUGCUGGCCCCAGCCCCGAGGAGGCCCUGAGCAUCGAGGACCUGGAGUUGCUAGAGGGGCGCUUCCAGCAGUGCGUGCAGGCUGUGGCCCAGCUGGAGGAGGAGCGGGAUCGGCUCAUCCACGAGCUGGUGUUGCUCCGGGAGCCGGCCCUGCAAGAGGUGCAGCAAGUCCAUCAGGACAUCCUGGCCGCCUACAAACUGCACGCCCAGGCCGAGCUGGAGCGGGACGGGCUGCGGGAGGAGAUCCGGCUGGUCAAGCAGAAGCUCUUCAAGGUCACCAAGGAGUGCGUGGCCUACCAGUACCAGCUGGAGUGCCACCGGCAGGACGUGGCCCAGUUUGCCGAUUUCCGGGCAGCCCUGACUGCACGGGCAUCCCAGCUCUCCGAAGAACUGGCCCAGACGAGGGAUGCCUGUCAAAAGCAGAAGGAGCACUUGCAACAACAACUAGAAGCACCCCCGCGCCAGAGGGAUGGGCACUUUCUCCAGGAGAGCAGGCGGCUCUCCACCCAGUUUGAGAACCUCAUGGCGGAAAGCCGGCAGGGCCUGGAGGAAGAGUAUGAGCCUCAGCUGCUCCGGCUCCUGGAGAGGAAAGCAGCGGGCGCCAAAGCCCUCCAGAAAACCCAGGCGGAGAUCCAGGAGAUGAGGGAGGCGCUGAGACCCCUGCAGGCCGAGGCCCAGCAGCUCCAGUUGCAAAAGAGGAACUUGGAGGACCAGCUGACACUAGUGAGGCAAAAGCGAGAUGAGGAGGUGCAGCAGUACAAGGAGCAGCUGGAGGAAAUGGAGGAACGGCAGAGGCAGUUACGGAGUGGGGUGCAGCUCCAGGAGCAGAAGAACAAGGAGAUAGAACGGCUAAGGAGCAGCCUCGCCAAGGAGUUGUCAACCUACAAGGCUAUGCUUCUCAAGAGCCUGGAACAAGCUGAGGCUCCUACUUCUCAGACAGGUGGACUAGAGGCACAGUCUCAAGGUGACCCCUGAGGU